UUAAGGCCUUCCAGACUACUGGAAAGCUACAGGCAGGUGAGCUUGAUCAACGUUGGAAUUGAUCUCCUUGGAUUUUUUAGGAACCCAUUUUACACAGAGUUUGCUACUGCAGCAACACGUGUUGGUUUAGCUUUGUGUGCUUCUUCUGACGCACAAAUUCAGGGCCUUUUCCAGCAGAGUUUGUUGUGAGAUCACAGGUCGGGAGGAUGACCGCUCGAGUGGAUUUCUCGUUGAUUGCUGCUUUGUUGUAUCUGUUCGGAUACUUGAGCAUCGCUCAUGCUAUUCAAAGACGUAACACAGUGAAGCCGGGUCAGUGUCCCUUACCAGAGAUGAUCCCACUGUGUGCUGAAAGCUGUUUCCAUGAUGGCCAGUGUCCUGCCACACAGAAGUGUUGCCCAACCACCGGUGGCUUUGCAUGCAGCGAACCACGUGGUCAGGGAAGAGGUCAGAUGAGCUGUCAGGGACAUGGACCGGUUCGUGGACAGGGCCAAGGAAGCGGCCAGGGCCAGGGUCAGGGCCAGGGCCAGGGACAGGGCCAGGGCCAGGGACAGGGCCAGGGACAGGGACAAGGCCAGGGCCAGGGUCAGGGACAAGGCCAGGGUCAGGGUCAGGGACAAGGCCAGGGUCAGGGACAAGGCCAGGGUCAGGGACAAGGCCAGGGUCAGGGACAAGGCCAGGGUCAGGGACAGGGUCAGGGACAAGGCCAGGGCCAGGGUCAGGGACAAGGCCAGGGCCAGGGCCAGGGACAAGGCCAGGGACAAGGACAGGGCCAGGGAAGCGGUCAGGGACAAGGCCAGGGUCAAGGACAGGGCCAGGGAAGCGGUCAGGGCCAGGGCCAGGGACAGGGACAGGGUCAGGGACAGGGCCAGGGAAGCGGUCAGGGACAAGGACAGGGCCAGGGAAGCGGUCAGGGACAAGGUCAGGGCCAGGGAAGCGGUCAGGGCCAGGGACAGGGACAAGGCCAAGGCCAGGGUCAGGGACAGGGACAGGGCCAGGGACAAGGCCAGGGAAGCGGUCAGGGUCAGGGUCAGGGACAAGGUCAGGGCCAGGGAAGCGGUCAGGGACAAGGU